GCCCUGCCUUUCCGCUUCCGGUUGUAACGCUCUCAAGGCGCGCUCUUCAAAACGUCUAGAAGAAGAAGGCGCGCGGAGUUUUGACUGUUUUCACUGAAAUAUUCCUGCGUGAGAUAAUUUCUGUCACGUCUCCGUGUUUUUGGCGCUAAGUGACCCCGCGCGGAUCCCGCAGCGACGGUGAACUCUGAAGAUGAUCCGGAGGAGGAAGCUGCCGUCUCUGGACUCUGACAGUCAUCCAACCAAAGGGGGGGGAGGCGAGCCGUCGUCCCCUAGAAGACCCCGAUCUCCGAGGAAGUUCCAGGCGUCUCCACGGAAGCUCCUGCGUGGAGAUGCAGGACCUCAUGGGACGCCUCCACCAAAACCGGCUGUGGUCACCAGCUCCUUCUAUGGCAGGAACAAGCCCAGCUACCUCACCCCCCUGGAAAGGAGGGUUCUGAAGGAGUACCUGCCCCAUCCUGCCCCCGCCCCCGCUGUGGUCAAACAGAAGAUCAGAAACAUCUCGUCAAAGAAGAACCCGUCCAGACCCAGCAGUCGCAUUCGUGCUGAUGACCACAAACCAGAAGGCGGGGCUAAAACCAGGCUGUCGGAGGGCAACCCCGCCCUCACCUUCAAAGCUUCCCUGAAACCUAAGCCCCACCUCUUUGUGGGGGCCGCCUUCUUCGCUACCGGAAGAAAGGCUGCAUCCAUGUACAAAAGGUGGACUCCCAAGUCUUCAUUUAGACCCGCCUCCUGCAGGAAACCCCCCCAGCAGCAGAGCGAGAAGAGGAAAACGAGCAGCGGCGCUCAGGUGGACCUGAGGAAGGAGGAGGAAGCUGCUCAGGACAGAAGCUGCUCAGACGAUCAGGAGCAACAAACUCACCUGGAGCUGCAGACAGAAUCUUUGAGCGUCUCCGUGGACUCCGCCCCUCCCAAAGAGUCUGCCGCCGUUUACCCGAUCUUUGGUUCUGCUUCAAAAAGGUUAAGGAGCGCGCCUCUGCAGCCGUCCGUGUCCUGCAGCGCCUCCAGUGGCCUCCUACGCUCACGACACCUUCCUCCAGGAGCGCUGAAGGAGCGGAGCGUCCGCAGGAAGAGGGAGGCGGGGCACGCUGACCAGCUGAUCAUUGACGCUGGUCAGAAAGGCUUUGGAGCGACGACCUGCAGCUCCUGUGGGAUGGUCUACAGCGCAGACAACCCUGAAGACGUCUUCCAGCAUUCCCACUUCCACCUGAAGCUCCUCAGCUCCAUCAAGUUUGUGGGCUGGAAGAAGGAGCGGGUGGUGGCCGACUUCUGGGAUGGAAAAAUUAUCCUGAUUCUGCCCGAAGACCCCAAACACGCCCAUAAGAAGGCGGAGGACGUACGGCGCGUGGCGGACGACGAACUGGGUUUCCAGCAGGUGGCGCUGAGUCGGCCGUCCCGGUCCAAAACCUACCUGUUCAUCAACACGGACAGGAUGGUGGUGGGCUGUGUGGUGGCUGAACCCAUUCGCCAGGCCUACAGGGUGGUGCAGCAGGCGGCUGCAGCUGAGGCUUUGAGGGACGACAUCCUGGAGCGCCACCGGGCCUGGUGCUGCUCCACCGUUCCAGAACCGGCUUUGUGCGGCAUCAGUCGCAUCUGGGUCUUUGGGCCGGCCCGGCGACAGGGCAUCGCCACCCGCAUGCUGGACACAGUCAGGAGCUCCUUCGUUUUUGGAAGUCACCUGACCACAGAGGAGCUGGCGUUCUCUGACCCCACCCCUGAUGGGAAGCUGUUCGCCACUCAGUACUGCCGCACCCCCACAUUCCUGGUGUACAACUUUGUUGCCUGAAUGUUUGUGUUGAAGUUGCAGAGUUUUAAUCCCGUUUCUGUUGGUUCUGAGAAACGUGGAGACCCGUGUUGUUGUACAGAACUUUAAUAAACCUUUCUGAUUCUA